GUGUCCAAACACAGAGAAAAACUCCCGCUGAAGCGACUGAUCUCCACACUGUUAUAAAGAUGGCGUUUAUUAAAGAGGAGAGUGAAGAUGUGAAGAUUGAAGAAACAUUCACAGUCAAACAUGAAGAUCUGCAGGAACAAACAGACCUGAUGGUGCUGAAAGAAGAGACUCAUCAACCGAAUGAAAUGGAAGAGAAACAGCAGUUUGAGAAACCACAAGAGAUAACGACUGAUGAAAAACCCACACUGAAUAAAAAGACUUCAUCACGCAGAAGACUUCGGAAAUCCAAAUCCAGGUGUAAUUUCAGCUGUAAACAUUGUAGAAAGAGCUUCAGUCAAAAUUACACCUGCGAACAGUGUGGAAAGAGUUUUGGUUAUAUACAAGGCUUUAAAACCCACAUGAGAAUUCACACUGGAGAGAAGCCUUUCAGCUGUACACAGUGUAGAAAGAGUUUCAGUCAAAAGCCAAACCUUGAUGUUCACAUGAGAGUUCACACUAGGGAGAAACCUUACACCUGCAAACAGUGUGGAAAGAGUUUUGGUUAUACACAAGGCUUUAAAACCCACAUGAGAAUUCAUACUGGAGAGAGACCGUACACAUGCCAACAGUGUGGAAAAAGCUUUUAUAAUUCAGGACACUUUGCAGUACACAGGAGAAUUCACACUGGGGAGAGGCCGUACACAUGCAAACAAUGUGGAAAAAGCUUCAAUGACGCAAGAAACCUUGCACUGCACAUGAGAAUUCACACUGGAGAGAAGCCUUUCAGCUGUAAACAGUGUAGAAAGACUUUCAGUAAAAAGUCAAACCUUGUUGUUCACAUGAGAGUUCACACUAGAGAGAAACCUUACACCUGCGAACAGUGUGGAAAGAAUUUUAGUUAUUUACAAGGCUUAAAAACCCACAUGAGAAUUCAUACUGGAGAGAGGCCGUACACAUGCCAACAGUGUGGAAAAACCUUCUAUAAUUCAGGACACUUUGCAGUACACAGGAGAAUUCACACUGGGGAGAAGUCUACUCUUGCCCUCAGUGUGAAAAAAGUUUGAGCAAAAUGGCACCUUUGAAGUCCACAUGAGAAUUCACAACAAAGAGAGAAUGUAGGAAAAGUUUUUCUCAAAAACAAGACCUUGACAUCCACAUAAGUAUUCAUACUAGAGAGAAACCUUACCGAGUGUUGUAAAAGCUUCAUAUGUAAAAACGCACUUUAUUACCACAUGAUAAGUCACACCUGAGAGAAGCCGUUUGCAUCUUCUCAGUGUGGAAAGAGAUAUACAACCGAAGCUAGCCCACAAGCUCCCACAGUCCAAAAACACGCAACCCAAGUAAAUUGAACAUUCUAAAUGAUCACAAUGGUCGAGCUCUUAAUAAGCCUUAUAUCUCCCUUUAGCCAUCCCUGUCUAUUAGCCAUUUCUGUCAUUAGAACAG